GGAGGAUUACAGGGAAGUCUCUCUGUGGCGAUAACCCCCACACAGUCCAACCUCCGGGCGCACUCCAGUCUCCGCUGUGCGCUUCACGGUCCACACGAUGGAGAAUAAACCAAACGGGAGAAUGAGCACCAUCAGCACUUCGAUCGCGGACUCCACCAACACAAGAGUGAGUGACUUGGUUGAAGCUGGCUACAUGAACACUAAGUUAUCGAACGAGUCACAGUCUCUAAGGUGCAUUUCCUCAUCCGUGCGUCAUUUCGGAAACGGCGGCACGCUGUUCCAAGGUCUAAACUCGAGCGGCGACAGCGCAGUCUCCAUACUCGAUGGUUCACCCGUCGGGAAACAUUUUUAUGACCGCAGCAGUGACUAUCUGAAGUGUGACAGUGUGCCGUGGGAGGAUUUUGCUGAAGUUCAGAGGACAAGUGUGGCCACAUCCGAAAGUGUAAGCCUCCCCUCGACCACCGGAGCGUGCAAGUUCAUCAAAGAUGAGAAGGAGCCUUCUGUGAUUAUGGACAGCCCCUGUCCCAACUUUGAUCCAUCAUCGGACAUACCUGUUCUGGACCACUGUUGUGACAGCGACAGGAAACAGCUACUGGGGCUCAGUGACGGGGAGUCGGCCGCGGCCAUUCCUAGACCGGGACUGGACGGAGCUCCGAACUUUCUGAUGGACCUGAACCAGUCCGAGCCGCUCCCGGGCCCGGCGCUCAGCCAGCUGAGGACGGACUCCAGGUGCGCUUUGUCCGGGAAGGCGCUCAUCAACUUUGACGCCAGCGCGCACGCAACCCAGCAACUGGCCAUGUACAAGAGCGACGGUCCCCGCUGGCAGACGCACACGGCUCCGGCUGAGCCCCAUUACUGGGGCCAGUCCGUAGGGGGGCUCGAGGACCCGUUCUUACACGGCACCGGCUACGAUGGGAUCCAGAACCAGGCCCUGAUCCAGAGGAACCCGUCCCCCUUCUCCGCAUUCCCCAGUAUGCCGCCUCAGAGAGUGUGUGUGAUCUGUGCUGAUGAGGCAUCUGGUUGCCACUAUGGAGUCCUAACCUGCGGGAGCUGUAAGGUCUUUUUUAAAAGAGCAGUAGAAGGCCAUCAUAGCUAUCUCUGCGCUGGGCGAAAUGACUGCAUUGUGGACAAAAUUCGGAGGAAAAAUUGCCCUGCGUGUCGCCUUCGAAAGUGCUAUCAAGCAGGAAUGAUGCUCGGAGGCAGGAAGCUGAAGCGUUUCGGGGCCUUGAAAGCCUUGGGUUUGGCCCCGGCCAUGAUGUUCCAGUCAAACUUGGCCAUGUCCAGCGACAGUCAGGCCAUGAACUCCAUGUCUUGCGUACCAGGGAUCCGUGAGGUGCAGCUCUCCCAACAGAUCCUCAACAUCCUGGAGAACAUCGAACCAGAGAUCGUGUACUCUGGUUAUGACAGCACCCAGUCCGAGGGUCCACAUAUUCUGCUCAACAGCCUCAACAGGCUGUGUGAGAAACAGCUGCUGUGGAUCGUCAAGUGGUCCAAGUCUUUGCCAGGGUUUCGUAAUCUUCAGAUCACUGAUCAGAUGACCCUCAUCCAGUACUCGUGGAUGAACCUGAUGGUGUUCUCGCUUGGGUGGCGCUCCUUUCAGAAUGUCACCAGUGAAUAUUUAUACUUUGCACCAGAUCUGGUUCUUAGUCAGGAGCAAAUGAGGAGAUCGCCGAUUUAUGACCUCUGCCUGGCGAUACAGUUCAUCCCUCAGGAGUUUGCAAAUCUUCAGGUUACCCGAGAGGAGUUUCUCUGCAUGAAAGCCAUAAUAUUACUCAACACAGUGCCUCUUGAGGGACUCAAAAGUCAGGCCGCAUUUGAAGAGAUGAGACAGAACUACAUCCGGGAGCUGACCAAGGCUAUCCACAUGAGGGACAAGGGCUUGAUGGCCAGCUCCCAGCGAUUCUACCACCUCACCAAACUGAUGGACGCCAUGCAUGAGAUAGUGAAAAAGGUCAACCUGUUCUGCCUGAGCACCUUCAUCCAGGCGGACGCCAUGCGAGUGGAGUUUCCCGAGAUGAUGUCAGAAGUCAUUGCCUCCCAGCUUCCCAAGGUCCUGGCCGGCAUGGUGAGGCCCCUCAUAUUCCACACCAAGUGAUGAUCACUAAUCUGUGGAGACGUCUUGGGACUGGAUUAUUCACCCCACAAUUACUGGAUUCUUUAUAGCCUUCACUAUUGUAGUCAUCUAUACUUUUCCUAAUGGUCUUUAGCCUUUUAACUUUAUGAGGUAAAACAGAUGUUCAAAAUAUGUUUUUUUUUAGUACAGAACUCUUGAAUAUGAUAAAUUCAGAGGCAUGAAUCAAUAAAGCUCUUCUCUAUAACUCUGGUCUAUCCACCCUUUCCCAUCCUACAGCUUGUGUAUAGAUGGUACUUACCAGCUGAUAUACAGUAGGUUUUGAAAACCACUAGAGAUGCUGAUAUUUUUGUACUGAAGCUGCAAAAAAUAAAAAUAAAUACUUGCUUACUUACUAUAUUUUAACAAAAAGUUCAAAUAUAGGAGACACUGAAACCUGCCAGUUAAACUAAUUAAAUUCUUUCCGGGUCAACAGCAGUGACUCACAGGGAGGAGAAACUGAUAAGAAGAUAACUAUCCGUAAAAUAUUUGACAAAAAAAAAACUUACGUGAUCUUAAGUGAUUAGAUAUAACCCAGUUAGAACACAUCUCCGCCUAUGCCCUAAUUAGAGACCCUAAGGAAUGUGUGGUUGGUUUUGUUUUUUAUGACAGAACCUAUUCAAAAGAUUUUAAUCUACAUACGUAUCUGCAUCAAAAUCACACAGUGAUAAAUGUUGAUGGGAUGCAUGUGACAGAUUUGAAGUGAGUGCAAUAGUUGUACAAAAUAGUAAAACAAUCCCCCAUUUCACAAUGUCAGAAUGAAAUCCUUAAAUAUUUUUGGGAUCAGCAUACAGAUCUGUAAAAAGCAACUGAUCCCUUUCUCCUUGGCACAUGGUCUUACUCUAAAUGAAAUAGAACUGAAAUCAGUUCAUAUGUUUUUUGAGCUGUACAGUUAACAAACAAAAUAAAAAAUUAAAAUGUGAUCCAAAAAUGUAACUUCCCUGGCGGAAGUAGUAAAAUGUUUUCACAUAGCCAAGGAUAGGAAGGAACCUCCAUCGCAUGUGAAGAGAACUGUAUUAUCUCUAUGUCUGUCAGUGAAAAAUACAACCCUAUACAAAAUACAACUUAAACUCACUAACUGUGACAAAGAAUUUGGACCACACGUUGAAUAAAUCACGGUGUUUAUUUAAAGGCAUGUUUAUGAACCGUCAAGACACAGUAGAUGAUUGCAAGGAAACAAGAUUGCCAUAUAUAUAUAUAUAUAUAUAUAUAUAUAUAUAUAUAUAUAUAUAUAAAAAAGAUAGAAUGUUAAUAUCAUUUCCCCCUGGAAAUUCAGAAUGUAAGGGAGUAUUAUUCCAGCAUCAAUGUUCAAGGCCACCUCACAUUCUUAAUGCUGUAAAUGGAAAAGAAUGCCCUGAUCUGGGCAAGUACCAGACCUCAAAUACCUUCCCAAAUACAUUUACGGCCCACAAAGAAAGAGUCUUAGUGUGGAGUCAUUUUUCAGUUUGUAAUAACCGAAGGGUGAAAGUGUUGGUAAUUAUUUUCUUUCUUUUAUCUUUUUUCUUUCUGAAACAGUAUCACUGAAUGUUGUUACAGUAAUAGAACAUUAAACAUGAAAUGGUAUCUUUAUAACUAA